AUGUUCAUCUGCCAACGAGUCGAACCAACAGUCCUGGCCGGCCGGACGGUCGGCCUUGAGGGGGCUGGGUGGGUUGCCGGCGGCCAAGACCAAUCAGCCCCGUCGGUUGCUGGGCUCGGCUGGACUCCAGACGACAAGAUCUCGGCGCCACAUGAAGAGGUAGUCAGGUUUGAGCGGGCCGAGGGCAGAACAUGUCAAAAGGCAGUCGCACCCCCAGUCCCAGUAAACCAGAGAGACGAUCAGUUGCGCUCGCGGAGACAGAAAGAAAUGCCGUAA